CUGCUUUGCGCACAGGUGUCAUGGCGGCUCUCUAGUCAGUAUCAGCGCGGCCGUUUAUUAUUGUUAACAAACCGCAGUAUUUCUUCAUUUAAUAUACCUAACGAAUCUUAAACACUUACAGCGUUUAUCUCGACCGCGCUACAGCCUUUGCAGGACGCGGUGAAGACGUAAAGAUUACUUUCAUAUACUGAUAAGCUAAAAUACGCUCGCAACUUUGCAUUAAUUGAUUGUAUAAAGUGAUAAUAAUUAACCAUAUAAACCACACACGCGCUUAUAAGACCUCCUUUAUAGCACAUACAGGCUUUGAAACGAAGACAAUGAGCACACAAUACAGUAUACUCUUCAAGCAGGAGCACGCUCAUGAAGACGCCAUCUGGACAGCAGCAUGGGGUCGCAGUGAGAAGGACGGCUCAGAAACUAUUGUGACCGGCUCUCUGGAUGACCUGGUCAAAGUGUGGAAAUGGUGUGAUGAGAAGCUGGAGCUGCAGUGGACUCUGGAGGGUCAUCAGCUGGGCGUUGUGUCUGUGGACAUCAGUCAGAAUGGAGCCAUCGCUGCCUCCAGCUCUCUGGAUGCUCACAUUCGCCUCUGGGACCUGGAGACGGGCAAACAGAUCAAAUCCAUGGACGCGGGACCUGUUGACGCCUGGACAGUGGCUUUCUCUCCUGACUCCAAAUACAUCGCCACCGGCAGCCAUCUUGGGAAGGUCAACAUCUUCGGUGUGGAAAGUGGGAAAAAGGAGCAUUCGCUGGACACCAGAGGGAAAUUCAUUCUGAGCAUCGCUUAUAGUCCAGAUGGAAAGUACUUAGCCAGCGGUGCUAUUGACGGAAUCAUUAAUAUUUUUGAUAUUGCGACUGGGAAACUCCUGCACACGCUGGAAGGUCACGCGAUGCCUAUCAGAUCUCUGACGUUUUCUCCUGACUCUCAGCUGCUGGUAACAGCAUCAGACGACGGAUACAUCAAAAUUUAUGAUGUGCAGCAUGCAAACCUGGCCGGCACACUCAGCGGUCAUGGAUCCUGGGUGCUGAGCGUGGCCUUUUCACCUGAUGAUACACACUUUGUGUCCAGUUCAUCAGAUAAGAGCAUAAAGGUGUGGGACACGAGCAGCAGAUCAUGUGUUAACACAUUCUUUGAUCAUCAGGACCAGGUUUGGAGUGUGAAAUACAAUCCCACAGGCUCAAAGAUCGUGUCUGCGGGAGACGACCGCGCCAUUCAUAUUUACGACUGUCCCAUGUGAAGCUCCACAGCCUCCUGGUGAACUCAAACCCACUCAGACCAUAGCAUACAACUGAUUUUUUAUUAUUAUUAUUAUCAAUUCAUGGUUUCAUUGCCAACAUCUGCACAGAUCAUACAAAUAAAUGUAGUUUUUUUCUAAA